GUGGGUCCAAAAGUGUCCUACUCCCUUGUUUCUAUUAUCCCUGCACCCAAAGUUUAGUUGAUUGUAACCAUAACAACACAUCUGUUAUAAAAGAUGGGGGAGAGAUUGCCGAGUAAAAAAAGUUUUGUUUGUUCUUUUGUUGACUGUAAGGCUGCAUUUAGUAAGUCAUGGAAACUACAGGCCCACCUUUGCAACCAUACAGGAUUGAAACCUUUCUCUUGCAACAACUGUGACAAGAGCUUCUGCACCCGCUCUCAGCUCACCAGACAUGAGCUGACACACAGUGGGGAGAAACCACACAAGUGUGUUGUUGAGGGCUGCUCUGAGGCCUUUGUCACCAAUGCCAGCCUCAAGAACCACACAUCCAAAUUUCACAACCAAGAGAAAAAAUAUAAAUGUAACCAUCAGGGCUGUGAAAAAGACUUUAAUAAGAGGAACCAGCUCAGUGCUCAUAUGUUUGUGCACAGUAAAGCUCUGCCUUUUCAUUGCAAAAUUUCUGGCUGCACAAAGGAAUUUCCCUCUCAUGGUAAACUGAAGCAUCAUGAGAAAAUGCAUGAUGGUUAUCCUUGUGAGGAGGAAGCGUGCAUCUUCAAAGGGAACACAUGGACGGAGUACCUGAAGCACAGAAAAUCACAUAAAGUCAAGUUGCCAUGUGCGCAGUGCAAAAAGCAGUUUAGUAAUGCUUGGUUCUUAAACCUGCACAUACGACAUGUCCACUCUGGGGAGAAAAGGAUGUUUCCCUGUCCAAGAGAAGGAUGUGAGAAAAAGUUCAGUCGCUGCUUUCACUUAGAGAGUCAUGUCCUGGGGGUCCAUGAGGGCCUAAAGGCUUUCACCUGUGCUGCCGCUGGGUGUGGAAAGAGCUUUGCCAUGAAGGAAAGCCUGUGGCGACAUGGCAUAGUACAUGAUCCAUCAAAAAAGUUGAAGAAGCUGGGGAAUCAAAAGGAAGAAAACAAGCUUGCAGCAAAGUUGGCGAAAACAAAUUUAAAUGAGUAAAAAAGGGUGAUCACACGAUUGGCAACAUUUUUGUUCCAUUAUAUUUGUUUUGUCAUUGGGCUGUCUAAUAAAGCCUCCUUUUCCUGC